GAAGCACAAUGCUCUUCGCUUUUUCACACGAAUUGUAGAAUUAUCGAAAAAAGUCGAGAAUUUAAGUGAUAAAAUUAAAAUAAAGAGCUAUACCAAUAAAAAUGUAGUCAAAGCGGUGCAGAAACCCUUGAAAAAUAAUUAUAACAAAUUUGUUGUACUAGAUUGAAAUUGUGAAAGGCAAAUUCAAAUUCACGUGAAGUAGAAGGCAGACGGGCCAUAGAACUCACAAAACUCGUACCCAUCUAUCGGCUGUGAUCGGGUGCAUGUAAGCAGCAGCAAAAGCAACCUACGCAAAAAGAGCCAAAAGAGCCAAAAGAAAAGUCGACAACGCAAACGCAAAAAAUUCAUAAUAAAGAAAACCAAAACAUGUGAAUAUGUGCUUUAGAUUCUGCGAAGGAUAAGCGUGUAAAAGCGAAAAGCAAAAGUUUAAGGUGUGUGUAGAAACGACAAAGGGAAAACGAUAAAAAAUAAAAAAAUCAUAGGAAAUAAGCUAGGAAAGUGGUUUUUGUUCUUGGAGGUGGAUAAGAAGUGGGCAAAAGAAUAGCAAAGUGUCACAGAACAUAAGACAAGAAGCAGCAGACAGAAGGGGGAAAAACUGCAAUAGCCAGAGACAUCGUGGGAGUACAAAUUUAAUUGCGUUUUCAAUAUUUAUUCCUCAGGUUUGUUGACGAUACACACAUCACAACCUGCGUCACCAAUGAGACAUGCAAAACGUAUUGCAGGACAGCAGCGACAACAACACCAGCGCUUUCUGAAACGCAUAUACGAUCCACUUUAAAUCCGAGCUGUUGACUUUUGAAAAAUUAAAGAAAGCAACAAGAGAAAAUCUUAAUAAAGUCUGAUUGGCGGUUGCAGUGAAUUCUCUAAAAUCAUUAGAAAAAUAGAAAGCUACCAGAAGCCCCAUAAUCCCACUUAAUAAAUCCCAAGCCUCUCAAUUCUCCAACGAUAAUAAUUUGAAAGAGCCUUAACGCCCGUAGCUCUUCGCCACGAAUUUUACACACAAUUUUUACGAACGAUGGAAUCUCGAAUGCGUUUCAGAUGGUUACUGUUGGAAUUCUUUGCGCUUUGUGGACUUUCGCUCUUUACACAUCAGUCGGCGGCACAUAUACUGGUUUAUAGAAGACUUAAUAGUGUGUUUUUCUCUUUUUCGCAGCUAAUUGAAGAGUACAAUGACCUGCCAGCACAAUUUGGUCCCACUUUACCAGCGAAUGGCAUAAAGGUCUAUGCUAUACCAGCAGAAAAUGAUCAUUACGCAUGUGGUCCAAUCAAUGUGCCACCAUCCCGCGAUGGUGAAACUUAUCCAAAAACUGCAAAGUUUGUGUCUAUAAUAGAGAGAGGUGGCGGCGAAAAUUGUACUUUUGAAAAAAAAGUUCGCAAUGCACAGGCAUCAGGUUACGAUGCAGUCAUCAUAUACAAUAAUAAUGGCGAUGAUUUGGAGCAAAUGUCGGCGAAAAAUUCAAGCGGCAUCCGCAUACCAGCUGUUUUUGUUGGGCAAUCAUCGGGCAUAAGUUUGGUGUCGUUCCAGACACCUGAUGUGAUAUUGGUGAUCAACGAUGAGCUGCCUUUCAAUAUUAACACACAGUUGAUUUUACCGUUUUCGAUUUUAAUUGGACUUUGCUUCCUCAUUAUGAUCUUCUAUAUGAUUUACAAAUGUGUACGUGAAGAGCGUCGCUUACGUCGUCAUCGCCUGCCGAAGAAUAUGCUCAAGAAACUGCCGAUCUUGAAGUAUACGAAAAAUUGUGAUCUAUCGCAAGACACCUGCGUCAUCUGUCUGGAUGAGUUCGCCGAAGGCGACAAACUGCGUGUGCUGCCAUGCAAGCAUCCCUAUCACAGUCACUGCAUCGAUCCUUGGCUUACGGAAAAUCGUCGUGUUUGCCCCAUUUGUAAACGGAAGGUUUUUACGAAACGCGAGCCACGUGUAAGCAGGACGAAUCGACAAUCUUCAUUGGAUAGUGUAACGGAUACAGACGACGACACAACACCCCUACUACCGCCCGCACAGCCGGCAAGGGUCGGCAGUAGUGGCAGCAGUGCCAGUGCCACAAGCAGCAGUAGCGCGGCAGGUGGUGGUGACGCACGUAGAGCAGCAUCUAUUGGUGCUCGACGUAAUGGUCGUAAUGGUCGCAAUGCAGCAACAACACGUCACGGCACCUUUAGACGUGCACCGGCUAGUGAUGGCAAUUAUGUCACCGAUGUGACUUCCGACGAAGAUAACGUAUUAUUGGCUCAAAGUUCCCCCGCACGCGGUGGACGUCGCGUAAAUCCAUUCGAUCGUAGACCUAAUUUACCGCCACAUCUUGUCGAGCAACUGACCACAAAUAGGCGUUCCUUCUGGCGCUUACCAUUUUUCAGAUUCUUCCGACGUCAUCAAUCUAUAAGCGUUGCAGCGCCUCCCUUUCUUGAGGAUGGUGUGCCUCAGCCACUGAAUAAUGUGGCCGUCGCGAUAGAUGCGGCAAUAGCAACACCACCACGACCACCACGUGCCACGGCUGUCAGCAGUGCACCUCAAGCUACCGCAGCAACUCUACCAGCUGCGUAUUCUUCAAAUAAUAUUCUCAAUCCGAAUUUAGCUGGUUCCUUUAAAGAAGGUGACGAUGACGACGACGAUGAUAAUGAGUUACCGCAGCAAUCGAUUUAUGAGCCCGUCACAGUUGGCACGCAAAACGGAAGCAAUACAAACAACAAUAAUAACAACAUUCGAAACAGUGACAAUGAAGUGGGCGUACCACGACAACAACGAUCGCAUCAGCCCCAGCCAACAGCACCACCGCCGACACGAACGCGUCGUACGCAACGCAUAUGAGUGUGAAUUGGAAUGUGACCAAAAACUACUAAAGCUAUAACCAAAUCAGACUUAGCCUUUGAAGUGGGGUGGGGCGUGAAUGGUAAAAGUUUAUCUUUUAAAAGAAAUGGAACGAAGAAAGAAAUUUGGGCGUGUGUGCAAAAGCGAACACGUCCGCAGGCGCAGCAAUUGGCCACAGCGUCAGGUGCUAAAGUUGUGUACAAGUCCACAGCAAACGGUCACACCCAUAUGCUUUGUAUAUACGGUCACACACACACAUAGCCACACAAACAAAAAAGUGCUUUGGUAGGCAUUGUGCGACUCUGUAUGUUAAACUAUUGUAAAUUACUUUAGUUUUAUUGAUUUUUAAUUGUUUGAUUAGAAUUUUACAAAAUGUGUAUACAUAAAAUGUGAUUUAAUAUUGGCUUCGAUAAUUUUACAUGCAUACAUGCAUACAAUACUUAGUUAUAGGUACAUACGAAUGGAACUUUUAUCAAAUAAUUACUAUGUACAUGUAGAGUUAAGGAGUUGAGUAGCGGAUGCAACGCACGAGCAGCGAUAAAGAGACGCAAAUGGUGAAAUUGCAAACGAAAAUUGAAAAUAUAACUCGGUUGCAAACAAAAAAUAAAACAAAAACAAAAAAUACAUACGAAAGCAACAACUAUUACAAUACCAACAUAGCUACCAAAUUGUCUACAUAUAUGUAUAUGCCUAUAAUAAUCUAGAUAUCUAAGGAACUGUAUACAAACAUAUAUACAUAUAUAUUUUUAUAAUUAUAAUUUGAUUUUUAGUUAUUCAAAAACAAACAAGCAAUUUUUUUUGUUCAAAAUUUCGUUGCUUUUUAACACUUUGACUGUUAUGACUAAUAUAUUAGUGUGGGUAAAAAUAAAUAGAUUAUUUUCUCGGUAGAUGGCUGUAGUGAUUGAUAUCUCGUAAAUAAUUUUAAGUUUAUGCUCGUUGCCAAGGGGACAUUUCACAGUAAAAAAAAUUUGUUGCUCUUUUUUGUUUGUUCCAUUCAGUUGUGAGUUACAGAGUGUUAGCAAUGGAAGUCCACAAAGAGAAAAUUCGGUAGAUUUUACAGUUUUUCUUUGAUAAAGGCAAGCCAGACCGCUGAAAUUGUGACAGUUGUUUAUAGCGCCGAUAACGUACCGGUAAUUAUGUUCAAUUUUGCUGUAAAAGAAAAUAUCAAUACAAUCACCGAAAUAAUCGAUGUUGACCGGGAUGUUAGUAGUCGUAGCAUCGCCCAGGAGCUAAAGAUCGAGCAUAAAACAGUUUUCAACCAUUUGCGUAAACAGUUUUACAUAAAAAAUAGUGGAUUUCUUUUUUUUUUCAACCCAAUAUUUAUUAGAGCACAAUGUUUUCAUUGGUUAUCAAACUGGCAAUCAGUUUUGAGUGACGUUUUUUCCCCGUCCCCUAAUCUUCGCCUAAAAUAGAUCUUUGAACUUUCUUGGUAAAAUGUUAUGAAGGUGCUUCAUUCUUCUAAGUAUGUUGCUUGUUUCACCUUAUUUACGAGGGUCGUUUCAAAAGUACAUGCAAAAAUAAAGAUUAGUUAAAUAUUUGAGUUAAACCUUUUCUAUUUUUCCACAUUGUCUUCUUUUAAACUUGUACACUUCAUCCAACGUUUGUUGUUGUUGUUGCUGCUGCUUGGUAAACCCUGUCAAUGCGAUGUAGUUACCGGUCGUCUUCGUCUAACUCAUCUAACGGUAGACCCAGAAAAUGUGCUGUUUGGACAGGUUGGGUCCAGUGGGAGAGGGGUGUUAGAUGAACAGGUUUGAUGGGGCAUGUGAAAAGGACUUAUGUAUAUUGGGUUUGACGUGGUCGAUUCUGGACUUAUGUAUAUUGGGUUUGACGUGGUCGAUUCUGGAUAAGUAGGAGUUUAAACUGCUACAGUAACCGGAACGCAAUUGGGCCAAAGUUACGCGGGUCUUGUGGGGCAGUUGAAGCUCAUUACCAUGGCAGCCGGUUCUACGUGACCGGAAUUACUCGGGGGCUUUCCUGACCAAGGGCUGCCCUGUCUAGUGCACCAUACUUUACCCUUGCUCUUUCGCCCAACGCUUUUCUGGUGUGUGGGUACCUCCUCGUUUGGAUAAAAUCUUUUUCCUGGCGGCCAUUUCUGCAAAUUGGGGGAAGAAUAGUAGCCCGAGGGAGCCAGUCUGUAGAAUAUGGGGGAUGCAAAAGUGAGUUGGAAUACUCUCUUCAUUAAUUUUUCUAGCACAACAGCUGAGGCGUGAGCUGAUACGUUGUCGUAAUGGAAAAGGACUUUUUUUUUUGAAAAUUACUCGACUUUCUGAUUCAAACGAAUGCCACGCACAAAGAACCAGAUCGAUCUGUGUGUUUUUCCAAGAGAUGUGAGAGCUACUAACUAAACAUAACCUCGAUACGCGCCAGCAGUGUCAUCUCGCUGAUUUUGUUGCCGAGUUUUCAGGGAAAAACUCAGAAGAAGGUUUGCACUUCGAUCUUAAGAUCUUAACAACAGUUAACUUUUACCAAAAACGUUUUCAUCCAAAAUAAAAUGCAUGGCAAAAAUUUCUCUGCUCUACUAUCUUUCACGCUUGGUUUUCACUUUAAAAAACAAAUAAAUAAUUGGCGCGUACACUUCUGUUAGGUGUUUGGGCUCUUCCUAUUUGUGGUAUGCGUUUUGAUGUUCCACAAAUGGAUUGACCUACAGUUUUAAGCCGAUUCCGAACGGCAAAUGAUUUUUUUGAGGAUCUUUUUCAGGGCAGAAAUGCACUCGGAAGUUUGCCAUUGUCUGCCGAGGAGUGACCGCUAUGAAUUUUCUCUUACUCACUUUUAAAUUAUUCAGUCCUCAUACUCGUUCCAAAAAUAAAGAUUCAAAUUAAAGACGAAUUUAAUGAUUAGUUUGUCACUAAAGGUUAAAAAAAAUUUGUAUUGUAAGUUUCACGGGAAGCAAAAAUUUAAACCACACCAUUCAAAAUUUAAUCAGAUUUGAAUAAAAUACUACCUAACUUGAAUUAACUGUUGAAAAAUGCGUAAAAAAAAAAAAAUAUGAUGGUCUCCCGGUGAGUAUCGACAAAA